GGGGAGGUCACGCUAAAGUUGAAAUUCUACAUCCGGGCAUUUGCCUUCCAUGUUGACCGGCCAAGAACGAAGGGCAAAAUGUUGUCAGCUUUCAGAACAGGGGCUUUGAGGUCCAUUGUCCAGGGUCAUGGCACCUUCAAGGUGUUGUCGGUGGUGCCUGCCCGCAAUGCCAGCGCACCCUCCAAACAGGAUCGCAUCGACACCUGGGACUACGUGAACAGUGUGUACUUUGGGCCUGAGCGUGAUAUGAAGAAUUUCCCCCACCCCACACAGCCUGCCCAGCAUGAGCCUGUGCGCAUGGGGGUCUUGCCAGCCUCUUGGUUCGAAUUUUUCUACCCAAAGACUGGUGUCACAGGUCCGUAUGUGUUCCUUGGGGGUAUGACCCUGUGGAUGAUGUCCAAGGAGAUCAUGGUGGUGGACCAUUACUUCUGGGAGUUCCCCGCCUUCUGGGCCAUGGUCUACUGGGUCAGCACCAGCCCCAAGAUGGGACCCAAGCUGAAGCAGUACAUCAGUGACAAGAUCGAGAUGCGCAAGAACAUCCUGUAUGAGCGCCCCUUGGCAAAGAUGCGUGAUGCAGAGGAGAAGAACAUUUCCAACCUGCAGAGGCUCCUGGAGGAGUGCGAGACUGCCAGCUUCGUCAACCAGGCCAAAAAGGAAGGUGUGGAGCUUCAGCUAGAGGCUGCGUACAGACAGAGACUGAACACUGCCUUCCAGGAAGUCAAGAAGAGACUGGACUAUGAGGUAGAGAUAACCAACGUGAAGAGGAAGUUUGAGCAGGAUCACAUGGUGAACUGGAUUGUGAGCAGCGUCACCAAGAGCAUCACCCCACAACAGGAAAAGGAGAGCAUCCAGAGCUGUAUACAGACCCUCAAGCAAUUGGCCAGCAAACAGACAGCUGCUGCGUGAGCUGCGCACUGUUUUAGGUUGCUGUUCAAUUAGGGAAUUGUAUAUUUGUCUCUGUGCUGGCAUAGAAGGUUUCAGCAUUUUCGGAGUAGAUACUCGGUUCAUACUGAAUAUUGAAAGUACUGAAAAGUAGAGAAAAAAAUUAAACAAAGAAUUACUUAUGAAGCCCCGCGGCCCUGUCAUGUCUUUGUGAUAAUGCAAAACGCUGAAGCCUUUUUCUUUACAUCCAAGGGAAAAAAGAACGCCGGUUUUGUUUGUUCUUUCAAGGGGUUGAGAGCAUGAGUCUUGUAGCUCUUUGAAGUUUUGUCCUAACUAUGAAGUACUAUCUUGACACUAAAUGUUUGUCUGACGAAACAGAAUCCAUUUUUUACUUCAAAUUUGUUCUGUUUGUAAGGAUUCUUGGCUCGAGUUGAAGACAUUUUUCAUUUUUAAAAUUUGAGCUGUAGGGUUGGGGGUUUUUUCCCUCUUUUGUGUGUGUGGGGAGAUUGUCUGAGCAGACUUUUGCACUCUAGUGAGAGCUUAGGUCUGCUUUAGAGAUUUGCUUGAUGUGAAGAGCAUAUUUGGAAGUUAAUUGCGUAGUCCUGUGAUGUCCACAAGUUACUGAAAUAAAUACUGUUUUUAUGUAAUACA